AUGCGCACCCUUCCAUCCCGCAACCCGUCUAUACUCGCCACAUCGAAACACACACCCUCCUCCCCAGAACCAACACAGACAUGGCUCGCCUCACUCAUCCUUAUACUGUUAUUCAUAGCUAUCCCAGCAAACAGCCUCGAAACAGUAGUCACCGUGACGGUAACGGCAACAGCAACAGCAACAGCAACAGCGACUCCCACCGCCCCAAAUCCACCAUCCUACACCUCCCCCCAAGUCUUCAAGGAUGCAAUGCUCUCCGUGAGCAACACCUACCGCGCUGCACAUAACGCCAGCAACCUUGUCUGGAACGAUACAUUAUCCAGCUAUGCGCAAGACUGGGCGCAGGCAUCUUACCAUGCCCUCCGCCCCCUCUCCGCAAAACCGAAACAUGCAUUACUAACAAACGACCCCCUUCAAAAAAAGCACGGCCCAUACGGCGAAAACCUCGCAUACGGAUACGCGAAUGCCUCUGCAGCCGUGGAGGCGUGGGGGGACGAAUGCCUCAAGUAUAACUUUGAGGAGCCGACGGGGUUCACUGAGGCGACGGGGCAUUUUACGCAGUUGGUGUGGAGGGCUACGAAGGAAGUUGGGUGCGCGGCUGUGGAUUGUGGGUAUGCUUCGAACGACGAGAAAGAUGAUGAUGAUGAUGAUCGUGAGAAGAGAUCUAGUGACGAUGGGGUUCCAAGGGCACAGGGAUGGUACGUUGUCUGCGAGUAUACGCCGGCGGGCAAUGUGGUGGGUGGGGAUAAGGCGCUGGGGGAUAAGGGCUUUUUCAAGCUGAAUGUGCAAGCGUCGAGUACAUAUUCGGAUCCGUAUGGGACCUCCACUGCGCCGACUCAGACUCAGACGGCGGGGAGUGUUGUUGCUGUUAGGAGGCCGGUUGGGUAUUGGGCUGGGGUGGUGGUGGUGGUGGUGGUGAGUACAGUUUCCUCUGUAAGAGAUCCUAAUACCCUUAACGGGAGGUGA